AUGGAUCCGAAUAGAUUGAUACAACCAGAAGAGACGUUUGAUAAACAAAUUGUUUCAAAUUUGUCGGUUGAUUCCUCAACAUGUGUUUCCGAACACUUUACUUCCUUAACCGAUGAAGAAAAUUCAAAUCAAUCUUCAUCUCUGGAUUAUUCCCUCUCCUCAACAAGUAAUUCCAGCAAUGGUGGUGCCAAUUUUAAUUAUUCGGUUGAAAAUCUCAAACUCUCACUUUCCACGAAUGGAAAUGUUAAUAGUAGCAACAAUAGAGUGAUGAAUGCAUCAUUUAUUGAUGGAAAUGAAUCCAAUUUGAUGAGUGAGAGUUUUGUGAAUCAUUCUCAAAUGAUUGUUUCCAAUGUUGGUCUUUCGAAUUGCAAUUCUCUUCCUGUGGUUGCAGUUCAAGGUUUUAAACUUGGCGAAUCUCAACCGAAAUCUAAUAACAUCCUUCCAAUAGAUAAGGAAUCUUGUAAAGAUAGUGUAAAUAUUGUAAAUAGUAUUCAGAAAAUCAUGGACGAAUCUGAGCCAUGUAUGAUAAAGCACGAGAACUUUCGUCCAACUAUCAAACUUUCUCCUCAAAAGCAUGCUCUCUUUUUGAAAAAGAAAAAGAUGAACAGAAGAGAAUCUAUCCUAAACCAAGUCAAACUUUCCUCCAGAUUGACUGGAAACAAACAUUCGUGUAGAAUUGGCCCAGCAAAGAGAAAGGAUCUCUCACUCGAGCAAAUGAAGAGUCAAAGACUAGAUAAGAAGAAUAAUUUUCAUUUAGAACUCGAUUUGGAUAUUCUGUUCACUGAAAAAUUGGUUGAGAAACUUCCAAUUCUGGUAGAAAGUUCAAAUGACAUUACCGAAACUGUAUUCGAAAUGCAUGACGAGAAGCAAGCACCUCCAAUCGAUGCAACACCAACCAAUUCUACCACCACCACCACUUCCCCUCACCAUCUCUCUUGUAAUUUUUCUUGUAAAUAUUGUAAUGAUUUUAAUAGAAACUGUACCAUUAAUAAUUCCAUUAAGGAAACUCAACAUGAAGUAUUUAACAUUGUAAAAUACAAUCUUGUCAAGUUGAAAGACUUGUUAGAUUCUGAUGAUUUAGAUUUUGAAGAUAGUAUUGACUCUGUUUUGGAGUCUGACUGUGUUCAAACUUUGAUUUCUUAUCUGGAUACUUCCAUUUAUGGAAAAUACUUUUCACUCAAGCAAGAAUCUUGUAAUAAUUGUAAGAGUAUGUCAAAUUUGAGUAUGAAGGAUAUUUUGUCUCUCCAAUUAGUUGCUACACAGGUUGUGAAAAAGCUUUCAUGUGGAAGAAUGGAUCAAGUUGAAACUCUUGUCACCAAGUUGACCAUUACAAAGCUCAUUCUCUUAAUUAACUCAAUGUGUGACUCUAUUAGAUAUGAAGCAUUGUGGAUUUGUGGAAAUUUGGCCAAACAUCAUCACAAUUUCAGAGAUGACUUGUUGGAUUCUAAUGUUUUAAAUGAAAUUGUAACGUUAAUUACAGGAUUUAGUGGAACAACAGAUUUAAAUGAAGAUACAACAUCUCUUUUACGAAUGGCCGCUUGGUGCUUUUCCAAAUUGUGUUUUGGAACUGUUUUUCCUAAGGAACGUCACAUGAGGAAGGAAAUUGAAUUAUUGGACAAGUUUCUUUCGUUUGAGGAUUCGGAUAUUUUGAAGAAUGUUUGUAGAGCUCUAGGAAGAUUGAUGCUUCCAAAGGAAAUGAUUGACGUAUUCUUAAAGACUGGCAGAUUGCCAAAGAUUGUGGACUUGUUGAAACAUGUUGAUGAUAAUGUCAUUGGUCAAGCACUUGUGGCAGCUGUCAAUAUUUCUGCAGGAACUGAUGAAGAAACUCAAGAAUUGGUUACCCUUAAUGCCCUUAAUGUUUGUUAUGAUAUUUUGAAAUCCAACAAAUCAAGAACCAUCAAGGUAGAUGCCAUGAUUCUUGUCAGCAAUAUUGCUGCAUGUACUGAAAAACAAGUGGAAUGCGCAGUUGAGUGUGGAGUUUUAGAGCUAGUUGCCAAUCUAUUUCACAAUAGAGAUACCCAUAUUGAUAUGAAGAAGGAAGCUGUUUGGAUAUUUUCCAAUUCAACUUCUAAUGGAACUGAACAACAUUUAGAAUUAUUCACUGAAAAAUAUCAAAUUCUAGUACCUGUUGCCAAGAUGGUUAUGAAUUGUAAUGAUACCAAUGUUGUUACACUUGGUUUACAAACUCUAUUGAGAAUUGUUCAAUAUUAUGAUGAAGAUAAGGAACCAGAACAGUUGGCUGGAGUUCUUGCAAAACUUAAUGAAUGUGGCGCAGAUAAGUAUAUUUCCCAGAUGGAUACCAAUAGGUAUGGAACUGCUGCCAAGCUCAACAAGUAUUUCACACCAAAAAAGUAAAAAUCCAAUAAAAAAUAGAAAUCACAUCUCUUAU